CGCAUUAGCAAUCCAACUUGCUUAUAAAUCACUUCGUAAGGCUGAACAAAGGACCUAACGGGAGCCACCAUGGGAUUAGCAAGCAUGUUACAGAUAGAUGAGAUGAUGGGCGAUUUCAAUAGAAUGAAUAAACGCCAGUCGCUCUACCAAGUGCUGAGUUUCGCUAUGAUUGUAUCCUCGGCGCUGAUGAUAUGGAAGGGUCUCAUGGUGGUCACCGGUAGUGAAUCCCCCAUUGUGGUGGUGCUCAGUGGCAGCAUGGAGCCGGCGUUUCAUAGAGGCGAUCUGCUCUUCCUUACCAACUUCAAAGAGGAGCCAGUGCGCGUAGGUGAAAUUGUUGUAUUCAAAGUGGAAGGACGAGACAUUCCCAUUGUGCAUCGUGUAAUAAAAUUGCACGAAAAGGAGGAUGGCACAGUGAAAUUCCUGACCAAGGGCGAUAAUAACAAUGUAGAUGACCGAGGAUUGUAUGCGCCUGGACAGAUGUGGCUAAUGAAAAAAGACAUUGUUGGCCGUGUUCGAGGGUUUUUGCCUUAUGUCGGCAUUAUUACAAUAUUCAUGAACGAAUAUCCUAGAGUGAAGUGGGCUAUACUCUCGGUUUUAGCAAUAUUUGUGCUACUCCAUCGGGAAUAGAACCA